CACUUGAACUUUUUGUUGCCAUUCUUGAAUUUGAUUACAUGAAGCCAAAGUCAAACGAUCCCGUUCUUGGUAUGUUUAUGUUGGGAUAUUUUUUCUUCUGUAAAUGGGUGCUCUUCUUGGCUUUUCCGCCGACUGUAAUGAUCUUUCCAGGUUGAUGUAAAGUUUUGGAAUCUCUCUAAUGAAAAGUUCUUGAAUAUUUUAUUCCGGGUCCGGCGAGUCCAAACUCCUUCACGUUCAAAUAGUCUCAACUCGUACACAGGUCCUCAGUCCGACCCAUCGGCGCUGAAUGAAGGAAAGCGGUUCUGCUUUUCUGAGGACAGCGAGCGCUGUAAGGUCGCGGUGAAAUCAAAGGAAAACAUCAGUGAAGGUUCAAGCGAAAAGGCUGAUGGUUUGCUAUCCGGAUAAAGCGCUCGAAGAAAAAGCCUGAACAGUCAAACGGAUCUCAUGUGACUCUCUUUUCUCGUGCGUGGUGAAGCUUCAGGUAUUGGUUUCGAUAUCAGGGUCGUCUUCUCGGGUGCAGAGAAGUGGCAGGAGGGAGGGAGGGAGCGGUUAAUAUAAUGCCCUUGGCUGCUUUCCUGUCACCUGUUGUUCUGCUUCUGCUUGAGUUUGGUGUUUUGGAAGGGGAAGUUGCCAUCUGUUGAGCUCAGAUGGGAGCACAUGGCUCCUCCUAUUUCCAAGCUCUAAGCACCGUAAACUAAUGCGAGGGAAGGCAGGGUUUUGGGUUCCUAGAGAAUCAGUUGCUGCAGAGAACCGUCUGAUUGGUGUGGGGAAACAAAAAACCAAGUUCCCUUUUUUUUUUCUUUUCUAUUCUUAUAUUUUUAACUUGGGAAGUGUGACUUGUGAGACUGUGAUAAAGGAAACCAACCAGAAGAAAAAUAUUAGUCCUUUCCUUUCGACUAUCUCAACUUGCUUCUCCUCCUGCAAAACCCAAUUCAGGCAAUUACUUGUUCCCCAAAUUUCGGUUCUGAUUGCUGGGUUAUGUUCAAAUGGGUCGCUUUGGUGAUGUUUUCCGAUUACUUUUUGAAGUGAAGUCUUGGCAGUAGCAUUAGCCCCUCUAACUCCAUGUAAAAUCUUAAAUUUUCUUGGUUAUCACGAAGCCUUUCGGCAACAUUUUGAGCUCAAAGAGGGGAAGUGUUGCUCUUCCUCUUUCUGCGGAUAAGUUGCUAUCAGCUAAGUUGCUGUGUUUGCUUCCCACUCUAUUGCACUUCAUCUAGCAAUCUCCUGCCUUUCUUAUGUCUCCUUGCUCUCCUCGGUUGGCUUGAUUGUUAAUUUUCAGCUAAAUUACCUUCUGUUUCUUUUCUGUCCCUCAACUUUCCCACAUAAAGCACGAGCUGCAUUCCUUCCCCAUCUGGUCAUAUCUGGUGCUUUUUCUAUCCAUCCAAAGUGGAAGACUAUCUUUUCACUUUGUCCAUCAUUCAGAGAACAGCAUCAAUAUUUCCCCCCCUUUUUUCCCCAAAAGUCAAUGAUCCUGGAAACUGAAACUGGAAACCAAAUGUCUUCACUUAUAUGUGACUUACUUCCGUGGAUUUCGGUUCUUAUCACAUGGCUGAUUUUGAGUCAUCUACUGGAGUUUGGCUUAGCAUCGAUCCUCUUCACAUCUAUGGCUUUACUCUUGUCGAGCGUUCUCUUUGCAUUAUCUAGGCGAAAGCCUGUCUUCAUGGCAGAACCUCUCGAGGAGGAGAUUUUCAGAUCUGAUCAAGAAACUCUGCCUAUUAAAGAGGAUGGAGCAUUGCUUUCCCAGCCACGAAUUGAGUCGAUGCCCCAGAUGAGAGAAGCCCAAGGACAAGCAAAGAUGUUUCAGCCCGAAGGGUGCACAGUUAGAUCGUCACUGGAUUCAAGUUCAGAGAGUGAAUGCAUCAAUAACUUCUCCACGAGUGAAGAUUCAGAAGUGGAGUGGCCCUUCAAGGAAGACAUGGAUCACAGCCCGGAUUGCUCAGACGGUUCGAUCACCGAUGAGGAGAGCUUAAUUGAGAUUUCCAUCCCAAGUGGGCAUUAUGUUGGUCAAAAAGAGGAAGAGCCAAAGUUCAGUUUGAAGCAAAAGUUCACAGAUUUCACACCAGACUCCAUUUUCCAACAGAACUGUCUAGCUGAUCUCUUAGCCGAGAUCAAUGAGAUGAAUGAGGAAGACGAUAAUCUGAUCGAGAUCGACAUAUCCGUGGGAUCCAUCAAGUGCUCAAGGUUUGAAAUUGAAGCUUGAGUUAGUCACUUUAAAGCUGGCACUGUUUUCCAUAUUUUCUUGCCACUUGUGGGUCUGAUGUGCAGAAUUAGGGUUUUAGGACAUGUUAUGCUCUGCUCUAUUCUGAAUUUUGCCCUGGUGGGGACUUUGGAUACCCUAGUGCUAUUGGCCCUUUGUUUUCUCUUGAUGCACUUUAAAGUAUAUUAAAAGUUUAAAGGGCCAUAUGAUGGAACCCCACUUGCUGUUCUUUUAAUAAGACCUCCUUCUCUUAUGCAUCCACUGUUAAUCAAUCCACCUGAUGCCCCUUUUUAUAUUUAAAGAUUACUCCUCUCCAAGAGAAGAUGAGUGGUAUGAGUAUGCAAGUCAUACAGUCACGGCGCCCCGUGCCUUAUUCUGAAUUAGGGAUGGCCAAUAUUAUAGAAACCAUUGUCACCCUCCAAAGAAUGACUGACUUAAGGGGAUUAGCGGGACCGCCGUCAUCUCGAGUCGACUGGUUUACUGUGUAAUUUUUAGCAAUUAUGUACUAUACCGUUUGAUAAUUAAUGUAAGAUUUCUUUAUUUUGCCCUU